AAUCUGGAGUGAAGCAACACUGUGCCCAAUCGUAGAGGAUGAAGUUGUUUACAAAGUUGCUCAAAUUCUUCAAACAUGAUACGCAGAAGUUGGAGCACCUCAAAAAGGAUAUCGACAUAGAUGACCAUAUGAUUCCGAUAGAAGAGCUCUUUAACCGACUGAAAACAAACGAAGAGACUGGUCUGUCCACAGAAGAAGCGAAUGAGCGCCUACGAAUGUAUGGACCAAACACUUUAACUCCGCCUUUUCAGACUCCAGCGUGGCUCAAGUUUCUACAAAAUCUUUUUGGAGGGUUCAAUCUCUUACUGUGGGGUGCUUCCGCUGUCUCACUCGCUGGCUACUUCAUAGAACGCAGCGAAUAUGGAGAUGAGGCUAAAGAAGAUCAGUUGUAUCUGGCCAUAACGUUGGCUACCGUAGUGUCCAUAACAGGUAUAUUUUCUUUCUAUCAAGAAGCAAAAAGUGUGAACAUUAUGAGCACGUUUGCUAAUAUGAUACCGUCAAUGGCACAUGUUUUGCGAGAUGGUAGAGUAAUAGAUGUCAAAGUGGAUGAUGUAGUAUUGGGAGACAUUGUUGACAUAAGCGGCGGAGAUAAAGUUCCUGCUGACAUUAGAAUCAUAAGCGCAAGAGGUCUUAAGGUGGACAACUCAUCGCUAACCGGCGAAUCGGAACCACAAACGCGCACGGCUGAAUUUACCCAUAAAAAUCCUUUGGAGUCCAAAAAUGUGGCUAUGUUCUCCACAAGUGUGCUUGAAGGAUCAGCUAGAGGAGUAGUUAUACUGACUUCCGACAAUACAGUUGUGGGUAGAAUAGCGGCCUUGACCGCUCAAGUGUCAUCCGGACCAACACCUAUAGCUAAGGAAAUAAACCAUUUCCUGCACAUCAUCACAUUCGUUGCUCUUGGUAUUGGCGUGACGUUUUUUGUGCUAGCAUUCAUUUACGGCUCCACUUUGAUUCAGGCGGCUUUGUACUUUAUGGGCAUAGUAGUCGCCGAGGUGCCAGAAGGUAUUGUUGCUACUGUGACGGUGUGUCUGACGCUAACAGCCGUGAAAAUGCGUAAGAAACACUGUUUGGUGAAGAAUUUGGAGGCUGUGGAGACGCUCGGUUCGACAUCUACCAUAUGUUCAGACAAGACUGGAACACUAACUCAGAAUCGAAUGACGAUCACGCAUUUGUGGUGGGACGGAAUGAUAGACGAGGCCGAGCAAUGCCUGCCGAAUGGAAAACUUCGGGGUAGAAUAAGGCACAGAAUGGAAGGCACAUACAAGUUUUUGAUCAGAUGUGCGGCUCUGUGUAGUAGAGCCUCAUUUAAGCAAGAAGAUUUCUCAAUACCUUUGCCUCGUCGUGAAGUCAAUGGAGACGCUUCUGAGACGGCAAUCCUGAAGUACUGCGAGCUGAUUCUUGGUGAUGGGGGCACGAGGAAAAUGCGAGAUAAAAAACCAAAAGUGGCGGAAAUCCCGUUCAACUCUACGAACAAAUAUCAAGUGUCAAUUCAUGACAAUGGCAAUCGGUUCUUGUUGGUGAUGAAGGGUGCCCCAGAAAAGAUUAUGAAAGCAUGUUCUUCCGUUCUCAUUGAAGGAGAAGAGAGAGCAAAGGAUAAAAAAUUUGAAGUAGACUUCAAAAAGGCUUAUGAAAAACUGGGUGGAUUUGGUGAGCGCGUUCUUGGCUUUUGUGAUUUGGAGCUCGAUCCAGAAAAAUUUCCAAAAAAUUAUGUGUUUGACACCGAUACUCCGAACUUUCCCUUAACGAAUCUGCGAUUUCUUGGAUUCAUGGCAAUGAUCGAUCCACCUCGGCCUGGAGUUCCACAAGCAGUUCGUUUAUGUCAGUCGGCAGGGGUUACGGUAGUGAUGGUAACAGGAGAUCACCCAAUCACAGCAAAAGCAAUUGCUCGUCAAGUUCACAUUAUCUCAAGAAGAGCUAAGCUCAUAGAAGAUUCUGAUGAGCCAGUACCAAAUUUCGAAAGAUAUGGUGAAGGAAGGUUGUUGCCUACGACGGCUAUCAUAAUCCAUGGUGAGCAGUUGAAGUUGCUGAGCACAGCAACCCUACACGAAAUUGUCAGUCAUUAUCGGCAGGUCGUGUUUUCCCGGACAUCACCAGCGCAAAAGUUACAAAUCGUAGAAGCUUAUCAAAACACGAACAACGUUGUUGCUGUCACUGGUGAUGGAGUAAACGAUGCUCCUGCGUUGAGAAAAGCUGACAUAGGAAUUGCUAUGGGUAUUGCCGGAACGGAUGUGUCAAAACAAGCAGCUGAUAUGAUUUUGCUCAACGAUAAUUUUGCUUCUAUCGUAACUGGAGUGGAGGAGGGUCGCUUGAUUUUUGACAAUCUCAAAAAAAGUAUUGCAUACACGUUGACGUCUAAUAUACCUGAAGUUGUACCAUUCAUGACGUAUGUGAUUGUUGGGAUCCCGCUACCUCUAUCAGUUGUAGCUAUACUUAUGAUUGAUUUGGGAACAGAUCUGUGGCCUGCGAUAGCGCUAGCUUACGAAGUGCCUGAAAGUGACAUUAUGCAACGCCCUCCAAGGAAUCCUGAAUAUGACAAGCUUGUCAACGUCCGGCUAAUUCUUUUUGCUUACUUCCAAAUUGGCGUUUUCCAAAUGUGCGCUGGCUUUGUCACUUACUUUGCAAUCAUGAUGAAACAUGGAUGGCAUCCAAUGGAUUUGAUAGGAAUACGGGAACUAUGGGACAGCGAAUUUGUAGAAGACUUAGAGGACAGCUAUGGACAACAAUGGUCGUAUAAAGCCCGAAAGGGACUUGAAGCUAGUUGUCAAGCUGGUUAUUUCUUUGCUGUGCUCGUUAUUCAAUGGGCGGACGCACUCAUAUCAAAAACAAGAAAAAAUUCCAUUGUAACACAAGGCAUGGAAAAUCAAGUGCUCAACACAUCGUUGUUAUUUACCACCGCUCUAACCAUGUUCAUUACGGUGGUGCCUGGGGUGAAGGAUGUGCUGAAUUUGGAUGGAGUACGAUUGGGAGAAGCUAUGAUUUCCGUGUAUUUUGCCGUUAUAAUGUUUAUCUAUGAUGAAGUUCGUCGUUGGUAUUUAAGAAAGUAUCCUACAGGAUUUAUAUAUAGCGAAACAUACUUCUGA